CUGCUCUAAAUUUAAAUCGCGCCGUUUUAAACGCAUUUCACUUAAUUAUUAACUAAUUAGGAGUUGAUUAGAUUGUCAUAAGUGUUAGUUUGCUUCGUUUAACCCGUCCAAGAGCGUGAAAGCGAUGAAUCGCGUUCAUUGAGCUGUAUUCCUGGCGCGCGUCGACAUUUUCCUCCAGUUUUUCAUUGAGCCAAGGGCCGCGACACCAAAAUGACGACGACGAGGGCUUUCAGUGCUUGCUUCGAGUGAUUUUGUGACGUGUUCGUGCCGUUUUUACGCGAUGAUUAAGUAGGACCCGGACUGGAAAUAUUGAUUAAGGUGGUACGACGCUGGCAAUUCCAAAGCUCCCCCGAAUAAAUCAUCCCCGACGAAAUGAAAUCCAUUUUACUCAUUACACGACACAGGAAGGUCUUGUACAAGAAAUUUGAGAAUAGGUGAUCAUGCUUUCAUACAGAACGACAUCCCAGAGCUAAUCUGGUAUGCAGUGGCGGAAAUUGGCGCGCUCGAAGAUCACAUCCGGUCGUUCGCGCACGCGCAAUAUGCUCUGCUGUGGUCGCAGGAAGGAUAAUGGGCGAGAGGCUUUGGAUCUCACGGCCUCUCCGCUGCGAGCGCCUCCGGCCCCUAAUAACCGGACCAACCAUCCGCCCAUGGUCAUUCAGGGAGACUUCAGGAAGGUAUCGGGAAUUAGUAGUGACAUUUUCAAGCAGAUAGAAGCCGUAGAGAACGAUCACGAUGCUUCAACCGCGGCCGCCUUGGAGCACGUGGAAAGGCUCGGUGAGAUGAUAGUCCGAAUUCUGGAUUCGCGUCAUUUGGGCCGAUCGGCGGGAGAUGCUGCAAAACGCUUUCUGGCAAUGCAAGAUGCCAAACACACGGUGCAGUUCGUGGAAAUCGUCAAAAGGCCCGGCCAAACCCUGGGUCUCUACAUCCGAGAAGGCAACGGAAUCGACCGGAACGACGGCGUAUUCAUAUCGAGAAUAGCUCUGGAGUCUGCCGUCUACAACAGCGGAUGUCUUAAGGUGGGUGACGAAAUUCUGGCGGUGAACUUGGUGGACGUGACCCACAUGAGCCUCGACGACGUCGUCAUCAUAAUGUCAAUCCCUCGUCGUCUCGUCCUCGCUACCCGUCAGCGCAAAGGCAGCAAAGGAGGCCAAAGUUCGCCCAACGUACAGCCCCGAUCCGAACACAAACCCCCUCCCGUGGUUGUGAUAAAACGCGACUUACGCGAAGACGAAACCGACGAAGGCGAUCUCGGACAACACAGGGAAUCCAUGCGUCAGAGACACACCGGCGACGGCCGCGAGAUGAGCGAGUCCAGGUCGCGCCUCGGCCUCGGCCUCCCUUCCAUGGACUCGCGUCACUCGGCCCAGGACAGCAACGGCCUGGACUUGUACUACAACUCGCGCCCCCCCGACUCCAACUGGGGGUACCAGCCGCCGCCGCCGGUCAUCACCGAGCAGCCCAAGUCCAGCAUGCAGCAUUUCCAGCCCUACGAGCGCAACUACCCCAACACUCUGGAGAGCCUCGCCGAGAAGGUGCACUCGUUCGCGCUGCCCGGAAGGAGGAUGUCCGCCGGGGCGCAGCCCUUGCCCUCAAGAUUAUCAUCACAACAAAGCCCUUCAUCUCAUUAUUACGUUCAGCACACCGGAACGGGUAGUCGGCGCAUUAUGCCCCGUUCCGGAUCCGAUCAGCACCUCCCCCAUACGGAAUACUCUGAUUAUACCAGUAUCACCCAAGCUGGCAGACACAGCCUUUUAAGAUCUAGCCUCAAAUCUGGAUCAACUCUUAGCAGGUACAACCAGAGAUACGUGGACCAAGCGGCUGUGGCUGCACAGAUGGGGCAAGCCAAGUAUGCCUCCGCAGGGCAAUACGCCACCAGCAGCGCCCUGUCCAGGAGAAACAGGAGCAGUCUGGACUAUUCCAGCGACACAGAGGCUACAGUCGGGCCCAGGAGCAGCUACUACUACUACAGGAAUCAGAGUUCAGUUCCCCACAGUACAAUCCCCACAUUAGGAAGGCAGAAUUCGCUCACAUCCGCCGACAUUACAACAAAAUUCAACUCCCUCCCCCGUGAUACGCGAGCCUCAACUAGAUUGGCCAUGAAUAAAAGAUUCGGGGAUAGGAACGUCGCUCUUUUGCAAGAUGAAUCGGACGGAGCACUCUCCGCACCCGAAAUGCCUUCGAUACGAAGGGAUAGGGGGCGGAUACCCUCGUCACCUAGUGUAUUCACUUCAGAUGAGUACAGACAGUGGUUGAGUCGCACGCCUUCAACGUCGGCUAUUUACGAACAGAUCAGAGCGUCCCGAGACGUCUUAAACCAACAAAGAGCAGCGAGAUUCACUUACAGCGCCGAAAACAUCCACGAUGCACUGAAAAACAUUGAAGGAGGCUACUACAGCUCCUACAGCCGGCCAAGUACUACAUCAACAUUAGACAGACAUUUCACACGAUCACAACAUCCCUCAGCCCCCGCUCGAUCAUUAUCAACGCAACACAUUACCUCAUCAUCACGUAAGAGAGCCCCCAUAAAACGCAUUGUUUUUCAAAAAUCAAUUGCAGCGUUGAGUUCGUCGCGGUCUCCUUCCAUGAGGCGCAUGAGACAGCUUCUCGAUCUCGAUUCGGUGAGGUCGGGGGCGGCGCCGAGUCCUGUUCCUACGCCGAGUGGUACCUUGCCGAGAGGACAUAGACAAUUAGAUAUAAAUCCCGCGGAGUUUUUAAAAUAUAAAAUUGAGAAACCGGGUCUUCCGAGUGCGGGGACGACGAUACCGGGUUUAGCGGCGUUGGGGACGAGCGCCACGCUGGGGACGGAUGAGCCAGUGAGUGGCAUGCUGUGGGUGCAUUUGCUGGCAGGGAGAGGCCUAAGGCCCUCGACGGGGACGUCGGCCGCCACGACGCCAGUUACGCCAAGUGGAACAUCACCGAGUAUUACGGGUCCGACCGGUUUACGUGAUUUGUAUUGUGUCCUGGAAUGCGACCGUGUCCAUAAAGCGAGAACAGUGGUAAGGACAGGCGAUUUAGUGUUCGACUGGGAUGAAAGCUUCGAAUUGGAUUUGGUCAACAACAGAGAACUGGACCUGUUAAUUUACUCGUGGGAUCCACAAUACAGACAUAAAUUGUGCUAUAAAGGAUCAGUAUAUUUACCAACACUCUUAAAAUCAGGACCUAUACAUCAACUCGCACUUAAAAUCGAACCGCGAGGAACUCUGUAUUUGAGAUUGCGACAUACCGACUCACAAACUCUUUAUAGACGGAAACCGUCAUCGAGUUUAGCCUUGUCGAGGACUGCACCGUUGUUUGGUGUCGAUAUAGAGACUGUUGUCAAUCGGGAGAGCAAAACUGGRGGAGUUCCAGGUGGUGUAGCYACSGGUUUAGUUUCWAGCACUCAACAAAUUCCUAUUAUUAUAAAACGAUGUGUAGAGGAAGUAGAACGAAGAGGUUUAGAUAUCAUAGGUUUAUAUCGUCUUUGCGGAUCAGCAACAAAGAAACGUAUCCUUAGAGAGGCCUUCGAACGUAACAGUCGAUCAGUAGAUUUAAGCCCCGAUAACGUUCCCGAUAUUAACGUGAUAACGGGAGUUUUAAAGGACUAUUUGCGAGAACUUCCAGAACCGCUCUUCACCAAAUGCCUAUACCAGAUGAUGGUCGAUGCUCUUGGUGUUUGUCUUCCCGACGAUCCGGAAGGAAACGCCAAGCUCAUGUUCUCCAUUCUGGAUUGCUUGCCACGAAUCAAUAGAGMCACUUUGAUCUUCCUGAUGGACCACUUGGCUCUAGUGGUUUCGGCGUCCGAUAGGAACAAGAUGUCUGCUCAAAAUCUGGCGACUGCCCUCGCUCCACCUCUCAUGUUGCAGUCGAGUGACACUUUGACGCCGACUGGAAAGAGUUUCGAGUUGGACUACCACCAGCCGAUCAAUGUCCUCAAGUAUUUGCUUCAGAUCUGGCCCACUCCCAAACAUCACUCAGGUCGUCGCGGCAGGCCACCCGGGCCGCGUGGAGACAAUCGCAGUGCGUGUCCUCAGGGACUGCAGCCCCAGGUGCGAGAGCAGUCUCGGCUCUCAGCGGCUCCGUUUCCUCCUCCUCCUCGCUCAGCAGUCUCGGGCCCACGAGGCCCACAGCCACAGGGCCCAUCACUCCAGAUACUAGGCCAAUCAUCAGCAAGCAAAGGUCCUUACCGUCCGCUCUCUCCACGAGUCGGUCCACCAGCACCAGCGGCCGGCCUCAAACCUCGUCAGGUGAUAGUCUCUUCUCCAGGUUCGCCAAGCAGCAGUAGCGAUUCGCAAUCGGGUUCCGACUCCGUUAAACACUGCCUGCCCAGCCGUGUAAGUUCGCCGGCCAUCCGCGCCUCUCCAUCCAGCCAAACGAUUCUGCGAACCUCCCCCUCGGUCACCAUCAGCUCUCCCGGCAUCCGCAAUUCCCCAUCGACCACUUCCGUCAACUCCCCCGGCCCUCGCAACUCCCCCUCCAUCUCUAGUCUCAGUCGCGCCUCGCCCUCCAUCCUGGGAGGAAACGUCUCCCGCUCUAGUUCUCCCGCCAUGCAAGCCACUUCGGCGGGACUGAACGUGACUUUGGGCACUACAACUCCCAGUUUCUCCACUUUGAGUAGUACUAGUACUACUGCGAGUUCCAUGUUUGGACUGAAUUACGCUCCGACGACGUAUGCGAGUACUAAUCCGUUUUUGACGGGGGCUUAUUUGAAUUAUACGCCGGGGGAGAUGAGUUUCGGGGAUAAGUUUAACACUAUUGGAGGAAUGAAGGAGACCAAGUCGUUCUUUGAGAGUUACGGAAAUGAUUCAAAGUAUUCGACCAAGUCGAGUUUUGAGACUCCGGAGUCGAUGUUCGCAAGUGACACCAAAUACAACACCAUUGGAAGUAAAUAUCCAGAAAAGACGAGUUAUUUGAGCACCACUUAUAGUUCCGAAUUGAAAUAUAGUCCAGGAAAAGAAACCAAGUCUGGUAGUAGUUAUGAUACGAGUCCGAAUGUGACUCAGAGCAAUUCUUCGGCUUUGUUGAGUAUUGAGGAUACUCCAACUCCAACCAGUAGUAUUGAAACUGAAGACAGCAAUACUCGAGAGGUUGGUGAAAAGGAUGUGGAAGGUGACGGUGAACAAAGCGACUGAAUCCAUAGCGCGGUUUGGGCACAAAACACUUUUUAUUGGUGGCAGCACUGUAUAAAAGACAAAAUUUUUAGGGUAAUCACCAUCGAUGUAAUUUACCAUUUGAUCACAUGAUGACUAUAAAUACGAAACAAAAAAUCGGUUAGGAUACAAUAUAUGUACUUGCUUAUUAGAAUCAAAUUAAAUAGGAUCAUUGUUAACUAAUAUUUAAAUUAUAUACGAUAUACAUAUUUUAGUUGGUAGAUUAAAUAAAUAUUUAUUGAAUAGAGAGGUAUCUAAGUGGAAAAUCUAGACAAAUGAUUGUUGCGUGUUGCACAAUUUUAUCGGUUUAUUAUUUCAAAGUGUGAUAUAAUCACCCCUUGUUUUCGACAUUGAUGUUAAUUGAGUUGAUUUUUUACUUGGAAUAAGUGACAACAAACUUGCAAAUAAGAUACAAUUCUAAAUCUAUCGAAAAAUUUAUAACGGACUUUCAGAUUGCGAAAGUUAUAAAUAUGGUACGACAACAAACAAAGAGCUCAUUUAAACAUUAAAAAAUGUUUUAUUUAUUAAAAACAAUUUUGACUAAAAUAUUUAAAAAUUAAAAAAAAAUUAUUUUAAGUUAAAAAAAAAUUUCAAAUGCAUUAAAACCAAUCUGUAGAAAGUUUAUUUGUAACUAUAUACGAGUACGUAUUUAGUAUAAUACUAUAAAGAAGAAAACAAACAAAAAAUUGUUGACUCCAAUCAUUAAAGUUGCAAUUUCAACGUUUCUUCUUAUACUUUCAAUUACAAGCUAUUUAGUCAUAUUUAAUCAGUGAAUUUAAAAUUUGAAAUUCUUAAAAAUUUGCUUUUAAUCGAAAUUUUUUAAAUAAAUAAAUACCUAAUCAUGCCUUUAUAUCCUAAAAUCAAACAAAAUGCAUUCAACUUAAAACGUACCUAAUCUAAAUGAUAUUAAAACUAAAUAGAAAAAAGCAUAGCAUUAAUAAAUAAGUGUCUCGAAACAAUUAUUUACAUUAAAUUGGUACUAGGUAAUUAAAAUAAAAAUGUUUCAAAACCAUAGCUAGGUAUAU